CGCGAGAGGCAGAACUCAAUGCCCGUUCGCAACCGUUUAUCCGAGUUGGCCAAGUGAUAGUGCUGUAGUUGUUAAGUUGAGCUGAGUUUUAUAAUAUAAUUAACAAGUUCUGUUGAUAAUAAUAAAACUGGUGUUGGUUUUUAGUGACCCGGGUGGUGCCCGAAAUCCUGAACAAGAACAGCCGAGGAACUUACCACUGGUGUGUUUUAUUUAAAUGGUGACAAUAAAAUAAAUUUAUAAAAAUGAUAACGAUGUUCUGGAGGCGAAGCUAAACCAGGAGCAAAAGCUGAUUUCAAAUCAUAAUCAGAAUCAGAAGAAUAAUUCAGGAACAAAGUGGAUAUAAAACAGCAAGUGUAGACUCGCGCGUCAAUUGUCGUUGAAGUAGUCGAUCCUUCUUGCAGCCGUCGUGUGAGAGAGCCAAGAGGAUACAUUAUAUAUACAUACAUAUAUAGAUAUAUAGAUAUAGAUGUAUAAUACAUAAUAUAGAAUAUAGACAUAUAUACAAGGAGGGCCGUACGAUUGUAGAAUAAACGGGCACGAGAAAGACGGCUUUUCCAAACUUCGGGUCAAUGUACGAGGGUCGUUAGUACACGACGCCGUGGAUCCUGAUCAACUUAGUGAGCUUUAUGUUAACGAGUGUCUAGAGUUGCUCAUAAGCUCGUAAAAAAGUAUAUCGCUCCCGCGAUUUAUAAAACGACAGCGAUGACCCAUAAUGGUGGUCUUCUCGGGGUGCUCCCUGCUUCACGAAGACAGAGCCACGUUUGGGGAUGUGUUGCCCAGUGACCACUGAGGAGACGACACAAAAGUUGGUAGCUAUUGACAUUCUUGGUGCGUUUAAGCGUGCGUGCAUAUGUGUGUUCCCAUGAUCAUCGUCGCCGUGGUCGUGUCCGUCAUUGGUGGUUACCGUGCGUGCAACACCUCGGCACACCGGUGUCAUCCUUCAUUUGUAUCUCUAUGUAAAUAAAUUUUAUAAUUUUAAAACACGGGGAUUUAAAUUCCCCUAGUACCCGGUGUAACGAGUUUGCCAAGUACAUUUGUUCGGCAUUUAAGUACCUCGGUUGCAAGGAAAAUAAAAAAAUUCAUAAAUAAAUACCAGUGUUGGAAUAGAGUUUAAGUGACCAGUGGCAGUUGUCCGGUACAUAAAAUUAGUUGUCGAUAAUAAAUAGAGAAAGAAACAGGAGCAUGAUUUAUGAAAAAUGAAAUGGAGAUGAGUCUCCUCUAUGGAACUUUCAUCAGCGACUGGAAAUACUGACAAGCCCAAGGGUGGGCGUAAUUUAGGCAUUUUAGUGAUCAGUACGGUCCCACUUGUGGGCCAGAAUUUUUCAGAAGGUUGUGGACCAGUGAUACAAGAUGCAGAAGAGUGACAGUAGAACGGGCAGAGGCGAAAAGGAGCUUCCGAGAAACGACCGUGACAGGGAGCAGGAAGCUGCCAAGAGGACUUCUAGGGGCAGCGGAAACGCGACUAGAUCAAACAUGCACACCUCUAGGCAUAGUGUUACUUCCACCUCCGGAGUGUUGAUGGUUGGACCAAACUUCAGAGUUGGAAAGAAAAUUGGCUGUGGUAAUUUCGGGGAGCUUAGACUCGGAAAAAAUCUAUACAAUAAUGAACACGUAGCUAUUAAAAUGGAACCAAUGAAGUCAAAGGCGCCACAGCUUCAUUUAGAAUAUAGGUUUUACAAAUUAUUAGGCACACAUGUUCAUAACACGCAUAUAGAAGGUGUACCGGAGGUGUACUACUUCGGUCCGUGCGGUAAAUAUAACGCACUGGUGAUGGAACUCCUUGGACCGAGUUUGGAAGACUUGUUCGACUUAUGCGGGCGAAGAUUCACGCUCAAAACAGUUCUCAGCAUAGCAACACAACUGCUCCAUAGGAUAGAGUACGUACACAGUCGACAUCUGAUUUAUCGCGAUGUCAAGCCAGAGAAUUUCCUUAUUGGACGUAGUACGACUAAACGAGAGAAAAUAAUUCAUAUCAUCGAUUUUGGAUUGGCCAAAGAAUACAUAGAUUUGGAUACUAACAAGCACAUACCGUACCGGGAACACAAGAGUCUUACUGGCACUGCGCGCUAUAUGAGUAUCAACACUCAUCUUGGAAAAGAACAAAGCAGGCGAGAUGACUUGGAAGCACUUGGCCACAUGUUCAUGUACUUCUUGAGAGGCAGCUUGCCUUGGCAAGGGCUGAAGGCAGACACUCUGAAGGAACGUUAUCAGAAGAUAGGCGAUACCAAGCGAGCGACACCAAUUGAAGUACUUUGUGACGGUCAUCCCGAGGAAAUGGCGACUUAUUUACGCUACGUACGGAGAUUAGAUUUUUUCGAGACGCCUGAUUACGAGUAUCUGAGAAAACUUUUCCAGGAUCUUUUUGAACGAAGAGGAUUCGUCAAUGACGGCGAGUUUGAUUGGACGGGCAAGACUAUGCCCCCCAACUUUCAACAGCUUCGGCAGUUGAGAUUCGCUGCACCCUCUCAUCUUGGAAAAACUAAAUCAGACAAGUCGACACCAGUGGGAUCGAUGCAAACAGGACAUGAAAUCGUGGUGUCACCCAACCGAGAUCGGCAUCCUACCACUUACAAGGACGUGGCAGGUGGAGGGGUGGGAGUAGGCGGCGGUAAAGGGGUGGGAACCACAUGGCCCGAUACAGUCAAGCAAACGGGGGCUGGUGGUACAUUGACGCCUGCCGACAGACACGGCUCAGUACAGUUACGGCAUCAUCGGAUUAUGGUGGUAUCCUCGACAAAUGGUGAGCUGGCAAAUGACGAUCCAACUGCUGGACAUUCAAACACACCAAUAACUGCACCGCAGGAAGUGGAGAUGAUCGAUGAAACCAAUGUUUGCUUUAUUUCCAGAUGCUGCUGCUUUUUUAAACGAAAGAAGAAAAAAAGUGGACGACAGAAAUGACUGUCUGUUACUGUUGGGCUCGGGGGAACGGUACAGUGCGCGGAUAUUAGUGCUGGGGAUAAUAAUGUUAAUGCCAGAGGAACUUUAACUGGUGCCAGUGGAGCUGGAAGACAUCUAGGAGCCGGGGCCGGGGCUGGAGGUGCCGGUAAACGUUCUGGCAAAGACAACCAAGACAGUGGAGAUUCCGAACGCGAGGCUGUUAAAUUAUUGAGGGACGUCAGUCGUUCAGCCUCCAGGGAUUCUGUGCUACAGAAUACUACUGUCACAACAACACCCACGCCUACACCACCACCAUUGUCCAAUUGAACAAUCAUCUUCAUCCUCAUAGCCACUGAUACUCUACCACUGCUAUACAUUUAUUAUUAUCAUCUUCAUUAUUAAUUACUAAUUUUUAUUAUUAUUAUUAAUUAUUAUUAUUAUUACUAUUAUUAUUAUUAAUUAUUAAUUAUUACAAUUAUGUCAUAUUCAUCAGCCGUCGGUGUCUACAGUGUAAUUGACAUUUAAAAAAUUCGUUUUGUCUAUUGUUACAUUGUCUAGUAAUACAAAAUCAAUCGAUUUUGAUUUGUUAAUAAUUAAAAUUACAUAAAUUCAUUCAGCAGUUAAUUUAAUUAAUUAAUUAAUGAAUUUAAAAACUAAUUAAACUUUACAAUACAAUGGAAAAAAAAUGAUAAUAAUAAUAAACAAUGAAAUAAUAAAAGCAUUGAAAGAAAAUGUGUAAUAUAAUAACAGAUAAAUUUUUUUCCAUAGUAUAUUCUCAGGAGUAACAAAAUACAGUAACGAGGGCGGGGGAAUUGAUAAGUUUGUUAAUUAAAAAGCGAAAUUGAUGUGUUAUGCAGCUUUAUAUAGGAGCAAACAGCAAGCACUAUUAAAUUUAGAUAAAUAAUUUUAUAAUUUAUAUAAUUUAUAAUAAAUAAAUAACGCACUAUCUAUUUAAUUGUAAUCACCAAUAAAAUAAAAUGAUAAAUAUAUGACAGACUUUUAAAUAUACUUAGUCAUCUAGAUAAUUUAACGAGUUUAAUUUAUCUACAUAUCUACGUCUGUUAUAUUCUCGCGUUAUUAUUUUAUCCCAUUAACUAAAAAUUUUAAAUAAUAAUCAUAAUUAAAAUAAGACGUAAGAAAUAAAGGGUAUUAUCGGACAGUACCCCCACACUUUUUUUAAAUAUUCAAUGACUCAACUGUCAAGCGUAUUAAGGACAUGCUCAGACAGUCUCUCCCCACUUUUUAAAAAUAUUCAAUAACUUUCGAUUGUCAUGACGGCAUUCAAUUUUAUUAAUUAUUCAAAAAAAAAUUAAGGAAUUAAUUGAAAAAAAAGAUUUGCAAUUGCGCCAAGAUUUAAAUUUUCAAAAAAAUUUCUUACAGUUAUAAAUCAGGAAUCAAAUGAAAUUUGGAAUAUGUCGGUAUUAAAAUUCAAAUUCGUAGGGUAAAAUUUAUUUACCAAAUUUCGUUUGACUCCUAAUUGAUAACAAUUCUAAUUAAUUUUUUUUAAAUUCUAUACCUCGACGACAAUUGUAACCAAGUUGUCUUUUUUGCAAUCAAUGCUUCAAUUUCCUUUCACUCAAUUGAUAAAAUUGUAAUACGGUAAUGACAGUUCGUUGAUUGAAUAUUUUUAAAAAAUGGGAGGUGUCGUCUGAGGAUGCCCUGAAAUAUCAAUUAAUUGUCUUUUUGCUGUUGCAUCCUUAUAUUUUAAAUAUAAUAAUUAUACCAUCAUUUCGUUUUAAAUAAAUAUAUUAUAUAUAUAAAUAUAUAAAUAGCUUUGGAAGAAGAAUAAUGUGUGAUGAUGAUUAUGUCUUCUGUGUAUUUAAAUAUCAGUGAAAGUGAAAAUGUGCGAAUGAGGUAACGAGUCACGAGCAAUUGCGUGCUGUACAGUUUUGUUUAAUCUCCUCUAUUAUUAUUUUUUAUUAAAAUCUCAUAUUAUCUGUGUGACGUGUGCUAUCACUACUGAUAACUGAUUAUCAUUUAAAUUUAUCAAACAGAUGUUACUAUUACUAUUAUUAUUAUUAUAAAUUAUAAAUUAUUAAUUAACAAUUCUUCCGUUAAAAUCGUCCAUUGUAUGAUCUCUCUGUGUUGUAUUUAUUUACUUGAUCAUUUUGAUAAUUAAAUCUAAUUUAUGACGUUGGUUAAUUUAAAAAAAAAAUAUAUAUAAAAUAUUUAAGUUGAAUUACGUGGAAUCGUUUAAAUAAUUGUGGCAAUUUAAUGUAUAGAAUUAUUAUUUUUUUUUUUAUUUAUUAUUAUUAUUAUUUUUCAUAUAUAAAAACUGGACUGUAAAAGAUUUAACACUUUUCUGAAUGUAUCCGAUAAUAAAAUAACAUUUUUUAAAGUCUUUUUUAAUACACGACUGACUGCUGGUUAAGUUCGGUUGUGAAAUAAUCAAUCAAGUGUUUUAUUAUUUUUAAUUUUACUUUUAUUUUUUUUUUCUAUGGGCGUUAAACGCUACCAUAAUUUUUGUAAUUUAUUUUAACGGAUGAUUGAGUUUUUAAAUUGAAAUAUGAUCCACGUAAAUGCCUUGUAAAUUUUUUUAACAGGAAAAUUUAAAUAAAAAAUAAUAUCAGAGUUAAUAAUUAAAAUAAUUUAAAUUAAAUUUAAUUACACUUGAGCUUAUUUCGGCAAUCGCCAAAAGAACCAGAACAUUUAUAAUGAUUUUUUUACCUGAUGACCAUUUUUCACAAACUUUAAUAUUUAUCAGAUAUUGUUAUAUUUAAAUUUAACGGAGCUUCGUAAUAAUAAAUAAAUAUAAAUAAUGUCCAAGUCAAUUUUGUAAUUUUUAAAGCGAUAAUUAUUCACACAAUACCACGAUUUUAAAAAACUGUAAAUUAAUUGUGAUGUUAAUAAGGAAAAAAAAAAUUGGUGACGAAUGUGCGUGUACUUGUGUUGCGUUAUUUUGUAAAUAAAUGAUAUAAACAAUGGAUUUUGAUCAGUAAAAUAAUAAAUACAAAUAAGUAUAACUUUGGAUAAAAAAAUAGUUACUGUAAUAAACUAUUUAAUUACAAUUAUUAUUAAUUUACAAUGUAAUAAAUACUGCGUUUAAAUGAUAAUGAUAAAUUUAAGUGCGACACGAUUCCCUCGCCUUAAUAAAUUAUUUUAUUGUAAUAAUUUAUAAUGAUUUAUAUAAAUUGUCUGAUGAAUUUAUUAUUAUUAUUUAUAUUUUUAAGAUUUAUUAGUUAAUUAACGAUAAAUUAGAGACAUCGUCGGAAUAAUUCGAGCCAAUCUCUUAAUAUUAUUUUUAUUAUUUAAAUUAUGUCGACUGCUUUUCUUUUGUAUGGCCAGCAAAAGGACACACGAGUAAUGCGAAUAUAUAUAAAUAUAUACAGCCAUAAGUUCCUUUUAUAUAAUUAUUAUUAUUAUUUUUUUUUUUAAUUAAAAUGUUAAUUAACUGUGACGUUAUUUCGUCAGUUUGUUAGCUGUCGUAAUAAUAAAAUAUUAAAUAAAAAUAAUGAUAAAUAAAUAAAUAAUAAAAUAUAAAAGAUGAGAGUAGGUUGUUUGGAGUUUAGAUUUAAAUUAAAACGUUAGCCAAUUAAUUGUCAAGUUGAUUAAUGAAAGUAGUGAGAAACACGUGGUUGUACAAUUUAAAUAUUCCAUUAUAAUUAUUAUUAUUUUUAUUAUUAUUGAUUACUAUAAUUAUAAUUAAUAUUAAUAUUAAUAUUUAAAAAAAUAUUUUGGUUGUCGCGCUCGGCUCCAGGUAACGGCGUCACCUGUAAUUUUAUACUCAAAUAUCUUUACUGCCCGCAUAUACUAGAAAUAGAUUGUUAAAGAAAUUAAUGAAAAAAAAAAAAAGUUAAUAAAAAAGAUCGUGCACGAAAGUACGCCUCGUCCUCUUCCUGGCCGAUCUCAAUCUCAAUCCCUCUAAUGCACUAUAAGGAAUUCACUAUUAUUAUUUUUAAAUAAAUUUAUUAAUUAGUUUAUGUACAUAAAGUAUUUUAAUUAUAUAUAUUGUGGCUAAAUUUAUUAAAAAAAAAAAAACGUUUUAAAAUAA